GGCGGGGAGGGUUGUUUGCGGAGCUGGCCGCCCUUCUGGGGACUUUUCCUGCGAGCAGUUUCCAAUCCCGUCACAUCCGCUGCUCGGCGAGGUUUGGAAAGUUACUUGGCAAUUGUUUGCAGGAUAGAAAAGAAAAGAAAAAGAGGAGGGGGAGGCGAGCCGCGGCGGGAGACUUUUUGAAGCGCCGCCUUCGCCAGACGAAACUUUCCUCACGAGCCAGGGGGUUGUCGAGGUUCGUCGAGGCAGGCAUGCGAGGAAGAAGCGGAGGCGGCGAGCCCGGGAAGGCGAGAUGACGCCGGGGCGUCGAGGCACCGCCGUCCCCUCGCCUCUUGGCGCUCGCACUGAGGAGCCGCGUGUGCGCGGCCGGCCGCUCUCUUCCCCUUAAUCGUCGCCGGGCGCCGGAAUGGGCAGGUCGCUGGCGGCCGGGUGUCUCCUGCUCCUGGUGGCCGUGGCCGCCGGGCAAGGCCGGGCUCCUUUCAGCCUUCCGCUGCGAGUGUCUCCGCCGAGCGCCCCCGACGGCUCCCUCGUGCCCGUGCCUGUGGCGUUGAAGCCGCGGGGCGGCGGCAACGGGACCGGGACCGGCAGCAGCCCGGAGCUCCAGCAAGAGGCGGAGGGCUUGGCUUUGGCUUCCGACCCCAGCGGCGCCGUCAACUUUGUGGCCAUGGUGGACAACCUGCAGGGGGACUCGGGACGCGGCUACUACCUCGAGCUGCUCCUCGGCACCCCGCCGCAGAAGCUAAAUAUUUUGGUUGACACUGGAAGUAGCAAUUUUGCUGUUGCAGGAGCACCAAAUGCAGAUCUGACCUCCUACUUCAACACAAAAGAAUCAAGCACAUAUAAGUUACUGGGCACUGUGGUCACUGUUAAAUAUACCCAAGGAAGCUGGAUAGGGACUCUCGGCACAGAUGUUGUUACCAUCCCUAAAGGAAUCAACGGCACUUUUACCAUCAACAUUGUAGCCAUCUCUGAGUCAGAGAAUUUCUUUUUGAAAGGUGUUCAAUGGCAUGGGAUCCUUGGACUUGCCUAUGAUGCCUUGGCUAAGCCCUCAAGUUCUGUGGAGACAUUUUUUGAUUCCCUUGUGAAUCAAGCAAACAUCCCCAAUAUAUUUUCCUUACAGAUGUGUGGAGCUGGAUUGCCAGUUACUGGAACUGGUACCAAUGGAGGUAGUCUUGUCCUGGGUGGAAUUGAACCAAGCCUGUACAAGGGGGAAAUCUGGUACACACCUGUUGAGAAAGAGUGGUAUUAUCAGGUUGAAAUACUCAAAUUGGAAGUUGGAGGCGAGAACCUUAACUUGGACUGUAAAGAGUACAACUCGGAUAAAGCCAUUGUAGACAGCGGCACCACACUCCUGCGCCUGCCAGAAAAAGUCUUCAGUGCUGUUGUGGGAGCAAUUAUACAGAAAUCCUUGAUUCAAGAAUUCUCAUCUGGAUUUUGGAGUGGUGUACAGCUUGCUUGCUGGGCUAAAUCUGAACAGCCUUGGACCUUCUUUCCAGAGAUAUCUAUCUAUCUGAGAGAUGAAAAUUCCAGCAGAUCAUUCAGGAUCACUAUCUUUCCACAGCUUUAUAUUCAGCCUGCUUUUGAGACUAGUCAGAAUUUACGCUGUUAUCGUUUUGGCAUCUCCUCUUCUACCAAUGCCCUGGUCAUUGGUGCGACAGUGAUGGAAGGAUUCUAUGUCAUCUUUGACAGAACUCAAAAGAGAGUGGGCUUUGCAUUAAGUACUUGUGCUGAAGUUGGAGGUUCUCCAGUAUCUGGGAUUGACGGUCCUUUUGAAACUACGGAUGUAGCAAGCACCUGUGUGUCCACAAUAUCCUUCCAUGAACCGUUGUUGUGGAUUGUGUCCUAUGCACUGAUGAGCUUCUGCGGACUUGUCCUUCUGGUGCUCAUUGUCUUACUGCUCCUGCCUGCUCGGUGUCGUCGUCAUUAUUCUGACAAUGGCAUUGUAAAUGAUGAAUCGUCCUUAGUACGGCAUCGAUGGAAAUGAAGAAUUCAGUCUAAGCUCAAGGAAUACUUGCAUUUUGCUUAGCAGUACUAUGGACAGGCUGUUCCAACCAAAGGUUUGGAAGUCCAGGCUUCACUCCUUGCAAACUUAAGCACAUGUUUCACCAGAAGAUGUUCUCCAAUUCUGCUGCCUCAUAAUUUUUAAGCUUUUUUUCUAACAAUUUUUUUGAACCAAAUACAUAUAUAAUCACUCCAAGUGCUACUCUGCUUUUCUAGUUGACAAUCAUGCAGCUGAGCCAAUAAGUAAAUUUAAAAAAAUGCUAAAUACUUAUUCCAUAGUUCAAAAAAGAUUGGCUUCUCUAGUCCCAUCCCCACUCCACUCUAUGAAAAAAACAAAAAAUGUUUGCAUGUGUUUGGUAAGCCAUUAUUCAAACUUUGGCUGUCAAAUCAUAAUGAUGAACCAAAGGCUUUAUUUAUGUCUGUUUUUCUUCCUAUCCCAAUUUUAAAAUAAUUUUUUUAAAAAAAUCAGUUGGUUGAUUGUGAACCUACAUCAGUGGGCAGUGGAAAAGGAGGUUAGCAAUACAGAUUUAAUAUAUUUUCCCCACCCCUUCAAACCAAGGAGAGGAUCUGUCACUUUCAAUGGAUCUCUCUUUGUAACUCUCAGGAGAAUUGAAGUAGGGAAAAACAUUGAAACCAAAACCUAUUGUGCAGCCUUAGUAUAAAACAAGACUACCUCCGAAUAUACAAGGAUGCCAUUCAUAAGUAUGAUGCAAGUAGACCUGUUCUUGAUAUAGAAAAAGAUUCAUUUCACGGGAAUACAACACAACUACUCAAUUUUCUUUAAGCUGUCCUUUCAAGAUUUUUUUCCACUUAAUGGCAUUUGAAAAUAUUUGACUUUGCCACCUAUAUUAGCAUCCUGUGUUCUGAAUCCAUGCAUAGCUUCAAGCCUUUGUACAUGCAUCCUGCAAAGCAGAUGGGCUGUAGGGGCAAGUGCCUCUCUUUACACCUUUUGGUUAUUUCUCUAAUGCCUAGCAAUUGAAAUGAAAACAAUGCAAUGUAAGGUGAAACUUCAGUUGAAAAGUGGUCCAUUUGGGUGUGGCCACAGCUGCGAAAGGCAAAGGGGUGUUUUUUUCAUGAAUGAACAGUGAGCUAGGAGGUGGGCCAGGUGAUGAAUAUGAACAUUUUAAUAUCUAUGGCAAGAGUAAGGCUCUAGGGCCUUAUGUGCAGAAAUAUCUACGGCCAUGCCAACUUAUGCCCAUGUAUCUGUACAUGCUUAAAGACAGACUGUGUUGAAAUCAGUAUGUAGCAGCAGCAUUCUUACAACCCAUUUAGGACAGUUUUUCCCCACCCCAAAGGCUUCUGCAGGCUGAAAUACUUGUAUGAAUAGGCUGUAUCCAUACUCAAGUCUUGAGACUUUUAGAGAGGGAGGAAUCUGUCUGAAAGCACUGAAAACAAAACUCAUGGGUUUUGCAUAGGUUUCUAGUUGAGAGUCAAACUUGAAAUUUAUUAAAUUAGUAAAGUGUUUCUACUAUUUGAUUUUCAAUUUCCUCUGUACUUAAUGAUCCAGUGCUGCAGAAGCUAGGAAACGCUUUAAUUAUGAUAAAGACAGCACAGUCUCUUCUCCCUCAUCCCAGUGAUUAUCACACUCUUAUUAAAAUUCUUCCAUGUGCUUGGUUGAUCACUCACAUGGGAUUUUUGAUGUCCAAGCAAGGAUGUGGAAAAUAGCAGCUCUUGCCAUAUAGACUGGUGGCUUGUAUGCUUUCCUCUUCACAUUUUCCAUGGUUCUGGUUCCAUUACACAUCACAUUUCAAUACCCUCAUGGAUGCUUUUCAUACAAGCUUAUAGUGCUUUAGUGCACAGGCAAUAAAACUGUUCCACCAGUGAUGCCAAGUCAGAAACUGUGCUUUGCAAAGGUUUCCAUUUCAUGUUCAUACUGUUCCCUAAAUACAAUUGGACGAGACUCUUUACCUUCCAUAGUUUGUCCUAUGAUGGAUCUGGAUAUCAGGUACGAUGGGACUUUUCUACAAAGUGGGGAAAAUUAUGGCUCAAAAUGUUGAUCAUACACAGCUGUUAAGCCAUUCUGAAACCCAAUCCAUCAUACAGUUUUGCCUUUUAUUCUUAAACCAGAAAGGCACGUGUCAGAGAAAACUAGUUUUCUGUUUGUUGUUGUUGUUGUUUAGUCGUUUAGUCGUGUCCGACUCUUCGUGACCCCAUGGACCAUAGCACGCCAGGCACUCCUGUCUUGCACUGCCUCCCGCAGUUUGGUCAAACUCAUGUUCGUAGCUUCGAGAACACUGUCCAACCAUCUUGUCCUCUGUCGUCCCCUUCUCCUUGUGCCCUCCAUCUUUCCCAGCAUCAAGGUCUUUUCCAAGGAUUCUUCUCUUCUCAUGAGGUGGCCAAAGUAUUGGAGCCUCAGCUUCACGAUCUGUCCUUCCAGGGAGCACUCAGGGCUGAUUUCCUUAAGAAUGGAUAGGUUUGAUCUUCUUGCAGUCCAUGGGACUCUCUGUUUAGAGGGAAGUAAAUUAUUCUGCUCCCCUGCUUCCGAUUUGAUUUUUAUGGAUCAUAAGUAACAUUCAAAAGCAAGCCCUUUUUUCUUUGAAGUCACACACUCUCACACACACUGGUUGUGUGUGUGCACAUGUGUAUAGAAUCUCUUCAUCACAUGGCAAGCUGUCAGCUAUUGUCUGUGUGAAGAAUACCUAAAACCCUUGAAGCCUUUGCUGAUACUGAAGCAGGGGAACAUGCUGGCAGAUUAUCUGAGCAUCAUUAUAAGUUUUCUUUUUAAUGACAAAUUUACCUGGAGAUUUUCACUUGGCAGUAUUUCACUUCAGUGCCUAUUAAAUACUCUUGAUUUCAUUUUGAAUUGGUAAUUAGGACACUGUAAAUAUAAAUACUUGAAAAAAGCAUAAGCAAUAAUAAAAUGUAAUAAAUUACCAGUGGAAGAUAUUCUAGUAGUUUAUUGUUCUGUUGCACUGACAAGGUUCAAUUUUUAACGUGAAACACAUUAAGAAAAUGCACUGUGAAAUACGUUGCACCUCUCAGCUUUGCACGCAACCCCCCCCCCUUGCAUUUUUCUGUUGUGAAAAUUCUUUAAAGAAGCUUGUAACUAAAUUAAAACAAGAAGAAUGAUUGGGACGGGGGGGGGGGGAGAGAGAGAAAUUGCCCAAUAAUAUACAUUGUUUUAAAAAUGGGUAACGUGCUUUCCACCAGACUGCCGUUCUUGACCUUCAGCUGCUACAUCCUGCUCUAAACAUUACUCCUAAUUUGCCGUAAAAUUUAAUUUUGUUCCCUGACUUUUAAAAUAAAGAUAUAUUAGUGGAAAUACAGGCUUCAGACUGAAGCACAAGGUUGUAUCAGUGUGCAUGAUCAGCAUACUCACGUGAAGUAUCUGCAGCUGGCCAGUAUCUCUAAGGGGCAGCAAAAAUAUGUGGUCAUGUGGCUUGGUUUGCUAGCUUUAAAAAACACUACAGUUUCCACAUUAGCAUACAGUGGUACCUCGGUUUAAGUACACAAUUGGUUCUGGAAGUCUGUACUUAACCUGAAGCGAACUUUCCCAUCGAAAGUAAUGGAAAGUGGAUUAAUCCGUUCCUGACGGGUCUGCGGAGUACUUAAACUGAAAGUACUCAAACCGAAGCGUACUUAAACCGACAUAUGACUGUAUUAGGCAAGAUUAGAACCUACUUCCGGACAAGUGUAUUGGAAAAAAAAAAGUUAAGUGUUUUGCUAUGGGGAGCGUUCAGAUAUCAGUUUUCUGCCACCUCCAUUCUGAAAUGUUUUUGUUCAGCAACAGCUGUAUCUCGUGAGACUGCUGAGAAUGCUAUUGGAAGAAACUCUCUGUUUGACUUCUUGGAUCACCUUAAUGCAGGCAUCCCCAAACUGCAGCCUUCCAGAUGUUUUGGCCUACAACUCCCAUGACCCCUAGCUAACAGGACCAGUGGUCGGGGAAGAUGGGAAUUGUAGUCCAAAACAUCUGGAGGGCCGAAGUUUGGGAAUGCCUGCCUUAAUGGCUUUACUGGGAAAGAGAAUAGAUAGAAUGCAGGAAAAAGUAAGCAUGUGUUUUCUAUAAUAUACAGUGCUCAGUGAACUGAACCUCAGUGCAAAACAUUUUGUUACUAUACUUCUGCAAUAGGUGCUAAUAGCAGUUAAUAGUAAUCCUGCUGCAUCUCAAGAUGGUUUUCUUACUGGAAUGAAGGCAUAUUGGAACCUGCAUGUAUUGUAAGCUAGAUCAUUUUUCUGCUGCUCUAUUAAUUGUUUGGAUUGUUCCCAUAUUCAAGGUUUGACAAGGCAUUAUCUUGAAAGAUCAUCCAAGGGACCCACUUCCAUAUGUUAGAAUUUUGCAUGAUGGAUUCUGGUAGUAUUAGAAACUUGUGCCAAGGUAGAAUAAGUAAAAUAUAUGUAAUAUAUGUCAAAGUUGGUGCUGAGCAACUGACAGCACUCUUGAGAUGAUUUAGGAGCCAAGAAUCAAGAGCCAUGAGAUGGACCAGUUGUCAGAACUGAUAAGCAAGGCAGGAUUGAGGAACAAGAACAAGCUUGGAGUAGCAACUGAUGAACAAGUUGGGGCCAGAGGACAGGCACACACCAUGGCUUAGAAAUGCCUUGUAGUGCAAGGAAGGGUCCACCUUUUAUACUCUGGACCCACUGACCAGCCUUGGUGGGUGGAGUCAAGCCACAAGCUUCUUCACUGAGGAGGCUGCUAGCUGCAGUUCAAUGAUUUACCACAUGAGGCAGCUACCUGGAGAUUCCAGCAGUUCCUGACAGCCAAGAGGUUUAACCUCCUUAUUUAAUGUGGUAACUACUCUAGAAAGAAGUUGUGAUGUUGGUAAUUUUAGAUAAUGUAAAGCAUCUAUGAUAUUCUGCAGUGUUGAGCCAUGCCAGAGGCUUAAUCGCAUUUUUACUUAUUUAUUUUUUAAAAGUUUGUUCCUUGAUGUCUGUCAAGACUGCCUAAAAUGUUAUCUUGAGUCUCCUACCUCUCUGGGACCUACUUGAAAUUCAACUUGGGCUAGUUCUGUUCCACAACCUUUUUUCCUGAUAAGCUUUUCCCCCUUCUUCAUAUUUAGGAACGGGUGGAUUAAUUCCAUCUUCUGAAAGGGGUGCUUUACAUUUCACAGAAGCCAUUGUACACAACUACAACAUACAAAGCUUUUGGUUGCUUUGAAAAGCGAAUUUUAACAAGUCUGACUAUAUUUUUCCUCAAAACCACAGUGUUAGUACAUUGUCAGGGGAUGUGUAAAGCAUUUGCAUUUAUUUUCAGCCAUAUUCUGAAGGGGAAGGGGACGUCCUAUUGGGCAAGCAGAAGUCCACUCACUCAACACUGGAUUCCACCCAUGUAAGAUUACAGGAGAUAAUCUGCCUACUAAAAUUGGGAUGGAUGGAUUAUGAAAUAUGUGCAUAAUGAUUCUAAAACUGAAAUCAGCCUUCCCUAAUAUAGCGCACUUUGUAUGGUUUUGACUGCAGCUCUCAUCCACUCCAACCAGCAUGGCCAGUGGGUGAGAGACAUUUGGGGUUGUAGUCCAAAACAUUCGGUGGUUGGGGAAGGCUACUCUAAAUGUCUUGAUUUGUUCAUACACACACACGACAAAAUAUUAACUUCUUGUGGCUACCAACUUUAAAUGUUUAGAUACUUAUUCUUGUUAAGGAUUAUUAUCUCAGUUUCUAUUAUGACACAUUGUAUUUGAGUCUCAUGGAGCCAUUCAGGAGACAUGCUGUUGUACUAAAGCUUUCCAAUGAAAAAACAGUAUCUUCAAAAUGGAGAAUCCUCACAGCUUUCAAAUAUUCUUUUAAGUGCUUACUGCAUUCAUCUUUAGUAAAAUAUGUUAUUAAUGGAUUGUUGUAUUGAAGUACAUCUUCCCUAUAGAAGAAUGAAAUUGGAACCAUAGAAUUUGCAAUUCUAUUAACUGGUUUAAACUUAUCUAAAUAUUGUACUGUUAGCGCGUUCUUAUGAUUACAUACAAUUUGAAGUAUGUUUCAGAGAAGCAAGCUUCACUCACUGCAUUAGACCCUCAGACAGGCACACUAUAGGUGUUCAUAACCUACCGGUAGUAAGCAGCCUUAAUAUCUUUUGCCAAUAAGAAAAUGUUGGGCCUGAGUACGUAGUGUGUUAUAGGGGAAGUGCUUUAAGCAAUUGGUUACUACAGUAUUUCUGUCUUCCAUGGACUCGUAUCCAUGGGCAAAUCUUCCUUGUAAUCUGAGGACUUUGCAUUAUUAUCAAUCUUUUGCUGACGGUGCAGGGUGGGGGUGUUAAAUGAUUGAAAUUACUGUAAAAAGGAAAGAAACUAAUCCUGACACGCUGGACUUUUGUGUGUUUGUGCAGCUCCUGAGCAUAAAAAUGUAGCACACGGUUUGAGAGUUUUGAAACUGUAAGGAGGUGUCCUAUUUGUUUUGAUACAAGGGUGUCCUGGUGUCCUCCUUUAUAGAGGACAGUCCUCCAUGUGAAGGGCUUUUUAGUUUUGAACAAUAAGGGAGAGAAGGGGCCUUGGCAUUGACUGCAGCUGGACAGUAUCAGACUGAGCAGGCAGGAACACAGAACACAGUCUUCCCCGCUGUUAUGUGGUCCAGCGGCCACUCCCAUUGUUGAAACCAAAAUAAUCCUGCAAUGUGUUAGUUUGCUGGUGAGAACUGCACUGUAUGUUUUGCUUUUUUUGUAGUUAACAACAAACAACAAACCAAUGGCCUUGUAGUAAUAAUCUUCCUAAAGUAUUGCAGAGGAAGGCGACUCCACUGAAAGGCACCAAGCAAAUCAUUAAGAUGUUAGGAAAGAGGAUUAAACAACAAUGUGUGAACUGUAUAUUUUGGUAAUACAAGCUGAGCUUCUAAAACUGUCUUAAGUUGGUACAGUUGCUUAGCUUACUGAAUACGGUGGUACCUCGGUUUACAAACGUAAUCUGUAAGUCCGUUCUUAAACUGAAACCGUUCUUAAACCGAGGCGUGCUUUCCCUAAUGAGCCUCCUACCUCUAGUACCCUUCCACCGUUGGGUUUCCAUUUGUAGACCGGGGUAAAGUUUGUAAACCAGAACACUACUUCCAGUUUUGUGGAGUUCAUAAACUGAAUCGUUCAUAAACAGGACUGUUCUUAAACUGGGCUACCACUGUAUCUUUUUAAAAAAAAAAAAUCCUGAUACACAUCUAACUUUCAGACCAAUUAAAAUCUGUUGCUCUGGAGAUGCAGAGUUGAAGGAAAGCACAAUCUGGCCUCUGAUGUCCACCAGGAGACUAGCUAAGGGCUACUGGGUUGUGCAUGCAUGCCAAAUACAGGGAGCCCCGCCUGUCCAGAUCAGAUGGUCCUGCUGAGAUGAUGUCAUUUUAAGAACUGCUGCUUGAAACUUGCUGGCUUCCCCAUUCCCUCCUCCAUUCCUUUUGUAUCAUGUCUAUUAGAUUGUGAGCCUGAAGGCAGGAAUUGUCUCGUCUUUCCAUCUCUUAAAACACUUUUAUUUAGGCACUGUAGUUUGAUAAUAAACCACAGCGGGCCCAAAUCUUGCAUUACUAACACUUUUUAAUAUGAGAUGCUAGAAAACUUGUCAGUCACUACUAGAUUAUUAUUUUUUACCUGUUCAUAAAUUUUUUACUUCCAAGCUUUUCUGUUCACAGAUGUACCGUACAUGGAAAUAUUUCCUGCUGAUUUAAAUUAAUAAACUUAAUUUAACCUCU